AUGAGCGUGUACCUGAGGUCAGUGCUUCCUCAGCUGGAUCCUCUCCCUCUGGGUCGGUUCCUGUCCAGCUGCUGCAGCUCUGGGUCGGUUCCUGUCCAGCUGCUGCAGCUCUGGGUCGGUUCCUGUCCAGCUGCUGCAGCUCUGGAUGUGGACCUGCAUCGCCGCCUCGCUGUGCUUUGGUGUGAUGUACCUCUGUGGUUGCAGGUCUACUGUGACAUGAAGACGGACGGAGGCGGCUGGACGGUUUUCCAGAGGAGGAUGGACGGCUCUGUGAACUUCUACAGACCCUGGAACGAGUACAAGUCUGGUUUUGGUAGAGCUUCUGGGGAGUACUGGCUCGGUCUGGAGAACAUCUACGGGAUGACACGUCGAGGGAAUCAUGAGCUUCGGGUCGACAUGGAGGACUUUACCAAAAGUAGAGCAUAUGCUCGUUACUCCUCCUUCUCGAUUGAUGCUGAAUGUGAUGGAUACGCCCUCCAUGUGACUGGAUUCAGAAAUGGAGGAGCCAAUGACGCUCUGGCUGCCCACAACGGCCGAAAGUUCUCCACCUUUGACAAAGACCAGGACACCUGGCCGAACAACUGUGCCAAAUCAUUUUUAGGGGCAUUUUGGUACGCAAACUGUCACCAAACAAACCCCAACGGUGUUUAUCGCUGGGGGGCUGAUAAGACCAUUCAUGCUAUUGGGGUGGAGUGGUAUCGCUGGAAGGGUCAUGACUAUUCUCUGAAGAGCAUCAGCUUCAUGAUCCGUCCUGUGAAAUAAAUCUGUAGGACAAACGUUCAGCAGUGCAGCUUGGUCUGCUGUGUGAUUACAAACUAUCUUUAGAAUCAUUUAAUCAGAAUCUGACAUAACAAAAAUCAAAUGGUGAUUGUGAGCAGCUGCUGCUGCGUCUCUGGUGGAGGUUUCAUUUCUGAACUGAAUCAUUUACUGCUGACAAUAAACGAGAAGCAAAGCAA